GCUGGGGGAGCAGUACUACCGGGAUGCCAUGGAGCAGUGCCACAAUUCCAACGCCCGGCUCUGGGGCUGGAUCAGGGAUGAGAUGAGGAUCAGGGUGAUGGGAAUGGCACUGAUCCCGCUGUUUUCCAGGCUGGGGGAGCAGUACUACCGGGAUGCCAUGGAGCAGUGCCACAGCUACAACGCCCGGCUCUGCGCCGAGCGCAGCGUCCGCCUGCCCUUCCUCGACUCCCAGACCGGCGUCGCCCAGAGCAACUGCUACAUCUGGAUGGAGAAACGGCACCGCGGGCCCGGCCUGGCCGCGGGACAGCUCUACUCGUACCCGGCGCGGCGCUGGAGGAAGAAACGCCGCGCCCACCCCCCGGAGGAUCCCCGGCUGGCAUUCCCCUCCAUCAAACCCGACACGGAUCAGAGCCUGAAGAAGGAAGGGCUCCUGUCCCAGGACGGGAGCAGCCUGGAGGCCCUGCUGAGGACGGACCCUCUGGAGAAACGUUCCCUGCCGGACCCCCGGAUGGACGACGACAGCCUGGGCGAGUUCCCCGUCGCCAACAGCCGCGCCAGGAAGCGGAUCCUGGAGCCGGAUGAUUUCCUGGACGACUUGGACGACGAGGAUUACGAGGAGGACACGCCGAAGAGGAGAGGGAAGGGCAAGGCCAAGGUCACCCCGGUGAUGCCGGCGGCGGUGCCGACGCCACCCGUCGUGCCUGCAGUUCACGCCGGUGAUGAUGGCUGCGGACACCCGUCGUGCCUGCAGUUCACGCCGGUGAUGAUGGCGGCGGUGAAGACGUACCGCUGGCAGUGCAUCGAGUGCAAGUGCUGCAACAUCUGCGGCACCUCCGAGAACGACCUGGGAAUGUUGGAAAUGCUGGGAAAUGCUGGGAAUGUUGGGAAUGCUGGGACUGGUGGGAGGAGGUGCCCGAUCCGUGCCCGUCCCUGCCCAGGGAGCUGGAGCUGCCACCUCUGCCUGGACCUGCUGAAGGAGAAGGCCUCGAUUUACCAGAACCAGAACAGCUCCUGAUCCUCAUCUUCAUCUUCCUCCUCC